AUGCCGGCCACCGCGCGGGCGGCCACUUUGCGCUCUCAGUUGUCGGGUCUCAAGAUGAAUGCAGUGACCACCCAGCAGCUGCUAAAUCGGGCCUAUUCUUCGACAGCUUCGGAUGCCGCCGUGAACAGCCGGACGACCGUGGUCAACCGUCCCAUUUCCCGACUGGUCUCUCCGUAUACGGCGCUCCCUCUGACGAGAUCUUUCCAUGCCUCCACGGCCCAAUGGCAGCAGCAGCAGCAGCAGAAGGAGAAGCAGGCCGAUGAGGCCAAGGAAGAGGGAUCUAAGGAAGAGGGAUCUAAGGAAGAGGGAUCCAAGGAAGAGGGAGAAGGGAAGGGAGAAGGAAAGGAAGAAGGACAGAAGGAAACGCCUCCGCCUCCCCCGCCGCACGGUGACAAGUCCCCAUGGCAAGUAUUCACAGAAACUCUCCAAACCGAAUUCAAGGCGUCCAAGGAAUGGAACGAAUCGACAAAGGCUCUUGCUUCCUCGGCACAUGAAUUCUCCGAGAACGAGAGGAUCAAGCAGGCACGUGCCGCUUACGAGGCUUCCCGUCAAGCCGCAAGUUCCCGGACUUCUACUGCGUUCAAGACCACUGGUCAAGCUAUUGGCAAGAGUGCUGCAUGGACAUGGAACACGUCUGUUGUCAAGGGUCUCCGGAGUGGUGUGAACGCCACUGGAUCCGGUAUCGAGAAGGCUACAAGACCCGUGAGAGAGACCGAUGCUUACAAGACUGCUGUUGGUGGCGUGAAAGACGCCAUCGACGACGGUAGCAGUUCACGCUAUGGCGGCUGGGUUGAGAAAGAGGAGCGUCGGAAGCAACGGCAAUUGCGUGAAGAGAUGGAGGCCAAGUCUGGGCGUCGCAAUGCUGGGCCGAUGGUUGAGGAUCCAGAGGCCGGUACCAACGUCACUGUUCACAAGGACGCUGCGUGGAAAGAUUCGUGGCGCGAAUUCCGUGACUCCAACCCUAUGAUGCAGAAGCUCUUCACGAUGAAGGAGACUUACAAUGAGUCGGAGAACCCGUUGAUCACCACAGCACGCAGUAUCUCUGACAGAGUCGCCUCUUUCUUUGCCGAAAACGAAACUGCACAAGUUAUCAAGAAGUUCCGAGAGAUGGAUCCCAACUUCCAGCUUGAGGGCUUCCUGAGAGAAAUGCGCGAAUACAUGCUUCCUGAAGUCCUUGACGCCUACGUCAAGGGUGAUGUUGAAACGCUGAAGCUCUGGCUGUCAGACGCCCAAUUCCAUGUCUACGCUGCUCUUUCGCAACAAUACACUACUGCAGGCCUGAAGUCCGAUGGCCGCAUUCUUGACAUCCGUGGCGUCGACAUCUCUAAUGCUCGUAUGCUUGAACCUGGCGAGAUCCCCGUCUUCGUUGUCACCUGCCGUACACAGGAAGUCCACGUUUUCCGCAAUGCUAAGACCAACGAACUUGCCGCCGGUAUGGAGGACAAGGUGCAGCUGGUCACUUAUGCCAUCGGUCUCACUAGAAUUCCGGAAGACGUCAACAACCCGGAGACUCGUGGAUGGAGAUUGAUCGAGCUGCAGAAGGCUGCUCGUGACUACAUUUAA